AUGACGAUGUUGGUGCUGAAUUCUGGGGCAAUGCCAAUAUUGAGCCAUAUAACACAGACGACUCGAAUACUGGAGUCGCCGGUUUCGAAGUAUACGUACAAGAACAAGAAUAAGCAUAAGCAUAAUAAGCAAAAAGCCGGAACGAAAGCGAUGAGAAGCGGUUUGGAAGAAGAUGCGUGCAUGAUGGAUACGUCGACGCUAACGCCAUCGUUAAGCAGUGUAUUGCAUCAGAUCAAGCAGACGAAUAGGGAAAGACGUAACACCGGGUCGACGCUGGGCUCCUCGAGCGAGAGCGUGUUGUCGCUGCGAGAAUACGAGUCGAGUUCCGAUGGAGCUUUGUCGGACAUCUUGGGUCAAAAGGAGAUAGAGGGGCCGGGACUUGGAUUGGACCCAUUUUGCAUUGACGACGAGGCCGAUGACGAUGGGUUUCCGGAAUGUAACCAUCCUUUGCGUGAUAGCAGGAGCUCCAGCGUAAGUACGAGCAGAAGCAAGAAUAGAAGGAGAAGCAGGAGCACGAGCACAAGCACAAGCAGGAGCAGAAGCACAGAUACUUUGUGUGCACCAAGUCCACACACCAAGAUAUACAAUUUGGGCGACCUCGACUUGACGGACACGUUGUCAACGGAGGACAUCGUGCAGCCCAUCAAACCUAUUUAUGAGAGGCCCAAGUGCAAAAGGAUGAGCGUGUGCUCGGUAAUCCAGGACGGAUCGAGUGAUGGUAAGAGACCAAGACGGAAUUCUAGGUUUACACCAAUCUUUCUGGAGAACGAGGUGGUCGAAAUGGAACACUGGCCCAACACAACCCAGCAACAACAGGAUCUCGGUGUGCAAGAUGGCAUAGUCGAACUCGAUAUGACGCUCAAAAGAACGCGUCAGCAGUCACUGAACCCAUCGUUCCUUCGGCUGUACGCCCUAGAGACCAGCAUGAAGCAGAAAAACCUGCUCCCAGAUCUCAACUUGGACGAGUCCAUCUUACAGAAACUCUCGAUCCAGGACAUCGCGCAUCUUAACGUGCCAUCGGACCCUUCAAACAAAAUCACUCCUCAACAAAUUAAACUAGCUUUGAUUACAAGAAAGAAGCUGUGGACCGACAUGUGUCGCAUCACAAGAACAGACCUCCAUGGCGAAUAUACUCCAUCAAACUUGAGAUUCGUUCGCGACACAAGGGCUCCGGAAACAAACGAUCAGCCCGCAGAAGCCACUUCACUCGUCAGAAUGAACUCUGAAGUGAAGCCAUGGUCCCAGCCAGAAAUGUCAAAACCAACCAUGUUCAAGCCAUGCGGCAGGAUCCCUCUCGGAAGAAACGUCAAUUCCAAAGACAUCCAGUACGUCGUAAAAGGUUGGUGCGACUACAGAUUUGCAUGA